CCUCCAGAUUGCAAGGCUUCUGCUCGUUGGGACCGAGGAGAAAGAUGGCUAUCGUUCAGGAGGAAUGCCCCUAGAACAAGCAUCAGGUUCUACAGGGCAUUUUCAUCCUCAGGCCUUGAUUUAUGAGGCUCCUGUAGAGAGUCUGUUCCAUGCGCUUGUCUCAGUGGCGGGUCCUCCCUGGUCCUCCUGCCUCUUGUUCUUUUUCCGACGUGGCCACCGGCGAGGUGAGCCCUCCCCUGGGUGCAGGCUGGCCAGACCCCUGGCUCUGGAACCCUGAGCCGUUGCAAGGACACCUUCAACACAGAGGGACGCCUCUCUGGUUUGGGUCCCCGAAGGUGGCAUUCGCUGCAGACUGGCGGUCACGCCUCUCGGAGGAAGCCCCUGAGAACAGUGUGUGGUCCUCCUGGGUGGUUCUGAAGCCAGUCAGUAAAACUGCCCAGUGGCCAGGUCCUCGGGCUUCCACGUCUCUUCCGCCCAGCUAACCCUUGGAGAUUUUUCUUGUAGUGUUUUCUUUGUUGAAGGAAGGAAUAUUCUUAUCUCAACUAUGCAGCACCUUCUCUUGAAAAAUAUCCGUUCUUGUUAAAUAAGUGGCCGAGGUAGCAGAGUUUCCGUUGAAUUAUUACAGUCUGAGUCCUAGGAGCAGGGCAGGGGCUGUAUCUGUUCUGUUCACUGCUGUGAGACCUGGUGGAAAAGAUAGUGAAUGCCCGGUAGGAAAAUCUCCCACAAUGUCUGUUUCCUGGCCUCCUUGUCCAUAAGCAAACAGAGACAUUCUCUGCAUGAGCGCGCAGCUCUGUCCAUUCAGGCAAACAAUCCCAGGAGGGUGGAGGUCAUGGCAUUCGCCGGGGACAACGUUCUCUCCUGUCUUUGCACCUAAACCACGAAGUGCUGAUUAACUUUUUUAAACAAAUGAGACAAAGUGCUUUCUGAAGUUUAUGGUAAGGAAGAGAUUAUUUCUUUGAGUUGAUCAAAUAUUUUCACUGACUCUCCACUUAAGCCUGCAUAAAAGCAGAGAACAGCCUGAGAAAUAGGAUACGGGGAUUUUUUUUUUUUUUUUUUACGCAAAGAGGAGUCCGAGUAAAAAAGAAAAUAAACCCAGGUUCUUAGCAAGAGAGAAAAAGGCAGUUUGAGAGUUUUCAGCUUGAAGGCUUUUAGUUUUCAGAAUAAUGCUUGGCUCAAGUGCUCGUUCUGAAGUCUGUUGGGAGCACGUUCAACGUUGUUGUUGAACUGUCUUGUUUUUUCCUUUGCACGUAGGAGUAGCCAGUGUGGGAGCAUUAACGAUCCUUUUUCGGUAACUGACGUCUCCGUAAGGUUGUGUAGGCAAAUGUCCUGUUAAAAUCAGAAUUCUCGAAUAGUAUCUAUGGCAUGUCUUUGUAUAACUUCUCUCUUACUUGCUCUCUGACAUUUUCAUUAGCGAAUGGGACAAAGGAGGAUUAUUCAAGUGUCCGACCCAGUCUGUUGACCUUUAGAUGUCACUCCACUCAGCGUAACACUCAUGAACUCUAAGGCUCUCCGCCCCCACCACCAAAGGACAUUAAUGCACCUGGACCUACCUGGCUUAUCAUGGCCAAGCUAAAGUGAACCCAGGUCCAAUAUUUCUGCUCCUAAGAAGGUGCUUUGGAACAGGUCUGGGAAGCGUUUGGGGUUUGCUUUUCUUAAAACGUUCAGGUUUGGGCGCUAACAACUUCUGGUUUAGGCAACUCCUGCAGCUCCUCCCUGCCAGGUGGCGGCGGCAGCUCCCUCAGAUAGAAAGGAAGAGUGUCUAGUAAUUGUGAUAUUUUUCACAUUUAGUAGAUGUGAUUCCCCCGGCACUGAGUUGAGGAGAUGUGUUCAACAGAAUACAGGCGGUUACCCAGAUGCAUUUCAAUAUGCGAGCGUGUACGGUUCUUUGCCACCUGUUCUCCACCUCCGUCUGGAUGCCAAGGGCCCUAGAACAGAUGCAGCAUCUGCAUCCAGGCUCGGACGCUGAGUCUAAGUCCGUGGUGCUCGAGAGCAGAUGCUAUAAAUAUUUUUAAUUGUUAAAAGGGGUUAUUAAAUUAUAAAGCCUAGAGAAGUUGACAAGAGUUGGAGUGACGGAAUGAGCUGAAAACUGGCUGUUAAAGGAAGCCGGUUCCAGGCUCUGCCCGUCCCGGAAGCGUGCUGUCACUUGAACUGAGGGCAAAGCGCAUCCUCUUGGCCUCUGCGUGUUCUCGGUCUGCUCCCCUCCCGCUUCAUUCUUGUCUGCAGCCAACACGGGGGCGACCUGAACGUGGGCCAUGUGGGCCACGGAGCAGACGGUGCUGUGAGCGCCGGUGGGAAGGGACGCAGACGGGACAGGCUAGCAGUAGGGGCCGUUCUGCAGGAGGCGUGUGCUGAGGACCCGUGUGCUGGGGAUUGGGUGUGGAAUACAAGAGGAUAUCAGAAGCCUCAGAACAUCAGCAUGCAUAGAGGAAGACAGUGCCCACCCUGUGACGCGUCUGUGUGGUUACAGAGGCUGCUGGUGUGCCUGGAGGAAUCCAUUUACAUCCACAACAUCAAAGACAUGAAGCUGCUGAAGACCAUCCUGGAUGUUCCUGCAAACCCAACAGGUCUGUGUGCCCUCUCUAUCAACCAUUCCAACUCUUACGUGGCUUAUCCUGGAAGCCUGACCACAGGCGAGAUUGUGCUUUAUGACGGACACUCCCUGAAAACAGUCUGCACGAUUGCAGCCCACGAGGGGACGCUGGCCGCCAUCACCUUCAACGCCUCGGGCUCCAAGCUGGCGAGCGCUUCUGAGAAAGGCACGGUCAUCCGGGUGUUCUCCGUACCUGAAGGGCAAAAGCUCUAUGAGUUUCGGAGAGGAAUGAAAAGGUAUGUGACCAUCAGCUCCCUGGCCUUCAGUAUGGACUCACAGUUCCUCUGCGCCUCCAGCAACACCGAGACCGUGCACAUCUUCAAGCUGGAGCACCUGGCCAGCAGCCGACCCGAGGAGCCUUCGACCUGGAGCGGCUACAUGGGAAAGAUGUUCAUGGCAGCUUCCACCUACCUCCCCGCCCAGGUGUCAGACAUGAUGAACCAGGACAGGGCCUUCGCCACCGGGCGUCUGACUUUCUCCGGACAGAAGAACAUCUGCACCCUCUCCACGAUCCAGAAACUGCCGAGGCUGUUGGUCGCAUCCUCCGACGGACACCUUUACAUCUACAACCUGGACCCUCAGGACGGAGGAGAGUGUGUCUUGAUCAAGACUCACAGGUUGCUUGGCUCAGGAACCACGGAAGAGAAUAAAGAAAAUGACCUCAGACCUUCAUUACCUCAGUCCUAUGCAGCAACAGUAGCCAGACCAAGCGCAUCUUCCGCCUCCACGGUGCCAGAUAAUAUUGUGCCGUGGAAGUCAGAAGGGCAAAGCGAAGCAGUCAUGAUGAGAAGCGCGCCUCAGAAAUCAGGACACCCCCCAUCAGGUGGUUUUGGAGAAAACCAGGAAGGUGGAAGAAUGGCGUGCGAUGGUGGGCGCAGAGUGGGGGCAGGAAUCCCAGGUGCCCCCUGCUUAAGCCACAGGACGUGGCUCACUGCUCACCAUGCCCCCCCCACCCCCAGUCCCGGCUGCCAGUGGGUACGGGAGACACCGCGUACGCAUCCUGCUAUUGGAACUAUAUUACAGCCAUAAUGUCAAUUGCUAACUAAUCAUAUUGGUCUAUAGCCGGAAUUUUGUAUUAAAAGCGGCAUCCUUUUUCAAUGUAUGCUGUGUAAAAAUGUAUCUAUAGGAAAAUGUCUUCGAAUUGUACUUCUUGUAUGUUACGUACAUAGAGACUAUUUUAACCAGGCGAAGUACUUUUUUUUUUGGCAGUGAUUGGAAUAAAUCACGUACUACCUUUGAGUCCCAUUUAGGACACUAAUAAUAAAAUCAUGGCAAUGCA